UCCCCGCUGACUGGCCCCCAAACAAAAUAAUCUUCUCGUGAAGAGGUUUUCCACUUCCUGGUUGGAUAACUACAAAACACAGGUACUUGAUAUGAUGUGAUUAAGGGACGACAGAGAUGAUACUGCCACAGUCUGUGUAACCUGUACCAGCAUCAGAAACACCAUGGAAACCAGCGGGAAAUUCAUCAACUUUGUGAUUAUUGUAACGGUUGUGACUGUCACACAGUUUCAGGGUACUGUCUAUGGCCAAGGGAACGUACCUUGCUGCAGCAGUGGACAAACUGAGAACAUCACGGAAUGUUGCUUAUUGUGUGAUUCGAAAACAAAUUGUUCGGCCUUAGACCUUAAAACACCUUAUACCAAUGAUAGAAGAUGUAUUAUGUCCACAACCUCCACUGAGGCAACGUCUGCCGUGGGGACCACUUUAUCGGAGUCGGAGACCUCCACCACUUACACAACACCACCCACUGGGGAGGACGGGGGACAAUUCACUCUCUGUGUAUCGGCGUGUCCGGGAGGGUCUUAUGAAGAUCAGAAUCAAACAUGCCAACGGUGUGACGAACUGUGCAAGAACUGUACAAUGGACACGUGCUUAGAAUGCACAUAUGGAAGGAACUCUACUGGUGACUGCUGUCCCAAUGGAACACGGUCAAAAGAUAAUGGAAAUAUUACCAUUUGCGUGGUCAUACCGGUACCAACGUCUACCCCGGAACCAUCAGUCGAUGACAAAAUAUACAUAAUCAUUGGAAGUGUUGUUGGCGGACUGGUAGUCCUCGGACUUCUGGUUGUUGUGGUCUGUUUAUGUUGCCGUAGACAAGGAAAUGGUCAACAAGGUCAAAAUCGCCCCAUAAGUCGGUUGUUGGAGCUCAGGAAAAGAAAGAAUUACGAUUACCCUGACUUCCAGCUUCCAAGUGCAAACGAGUUAAAAAGUGUUGAGGAAUCAAUAGUCACCGGCGGCAGAGGGCCCGGGCCGUACGAGAACACCGCCACAUUGGACCAUAGAGACCUUGCUAGGCGUGCUCAGCAGGAACAGGACAAGAUCGGCCGCUACGCAAGAGAUCCAACGGGGAAAAAGAAGAAAGGAAACCAAAGCAACGCCAAUGACGACGAAGAGCCCCAGGAAACGUAUGAAAAUCAAUCGACCAUUGACUUACACAGCAAGGGGGUCCAUAAGAAAAAGAAAGGACCAUUCAACAAACUUUCACAAAAGUUCAGAUCGAAAAAGGGGCACAAGCAAUUAGAUGCUAAGACUAGGAGAAAAACGGAACCUCCAGCGGUGACGGAACCAUUGGAAGCAUACGAGGAUGUGAACUCUCCCUCUUCUCAGGCGGAUUUACCGACGGAGACGUACGAAGAUGUGGGAUCUGGUCAUCCGGACUUCCCGCAGGAAAAUUACGAAGGUGUAGACAUGCCCGUUAACCUUAACGACGAUAUGCCAACCGAAGAAUACACCGCCAUGGACCCCAGUACACUACAGCCUCAGGCAGAAACUCAACCAAAGAAAAAAAGUAAAAAACCAAAGAAAAAAGCGAUAAGCCAAAAGGGGGCAGAAAAUCCAACAUUUAGUAGUGAAAAUCCCUAUGCAAACUACACCCCUGGUGCCCAACAAAUUCAACAGAGUGAGAGCGACCUACAAAUAUAUCAAAACUUAGCUGUGGGCCCAGAGGAAGAAUAUGUAAAUUAUUAGUGUUUUAAUCGACAUUCAAAAUUAGAAUGCAAAGUGUUUUCAAAGAUUGCAUGGAGACCAAAUCCGAGUCGAGAUCUGUUUCCAAAUCAGAACACCUCCUCGUCUUUAGCUGAAUUAAGCACAGAUUAAAGUGGGUUUUUUUUUUAAAAAAAAACUUCAGAUUAAAGUGGCUAUAUGGUUUAUUUAUUGAAAUAGAAAAUCAAUAGGCCAGUGAAUAAAUUUCAUGAAAGUUUAGAUAAGAAAACACAGGGAAUGUAGAGUGCAUACAAGGAGGAAGAGUUAUUUGAAUCGCGGCACGUGCUAUAUGUAUACCUGGAAUUUGAUAAGAUUUCCUUACAUAUUUAAGAUAAACUUUCAAAACAACGCGUCUCACCUGACGUUGGCAUAGUAUGACACCUGCAUGAAAUUGUUGAACAGUUGCUGACCAAUCAGGGUUGUCCUUUUUUACUACUUAUUCUGGAAUAAUUCAAAGUUGUCUUUUCUGUACCCGACGUUAUAAGAUUUAUACGUGUAAACAUUAAUCUAGUCACAAUAUUAAUCACUCCAUAAAACACUCAGUGGUUCAUAGCUUUACUUGUGUAUAACUGUUUAUCGUAAUCAUAGUGUAUGGAUUUAUAAGACAGUGAGAGAAAUUGCUAGACAUGCAUGAACUUUAGUUUAUUCUCUUCAUUUUUUGUAUUCCUUUCUGAAUUAUUUUGAAAUUCUGUUAACACUGGUAACACCCAGACUAACAGUCGAUUAGUUCCGAAAAAAAUGUGCUGUAUUUUUGUUUCAAAGUCUUCAUUAACUAAAAUAAACUGUAUUUGCAUUUCCAGUGUCUAUGUCUACGACAACACUACGAUUCGAUUUUGUAACGUUUAGUCAAAUACAUUUCACUAAUGAGGCAAAUGACGUAAUGUGGGGCCCAAGCUGUGUUUUGCAUAACAAUACAAAAUGAAAACAAUUAAGUAUAACAGUCAAUAAUAUAUUAUCUUAUUGUGCAAUUGCAGAAAAUUAUAUAAAUAUAUUUAAGUCUAUUCUUUGAAUAUUAUGUGGGAAUCAUUACGGUCAAGUCGUUUUUUUAUAGUAUUUCUUGGCUAUUUUUUGGUCAGUAACCACCGAUUCAAAUACUGGUAAAUAUCUUUGGUAAUGCAGAACCUAACUAGAGAUCUCUAGAUCCCUGGUUCGAAUGCUAAGUCUGUUCUCUAACUUAGUCUAAGUCCGUCUUUUUCACAGACCCUACAUGUAAUUACUAAUGACUAUGAAAUCCCCGGUGAUAUCUAUGUUUAUAAUUAGCGUAAAAUGUAUUCAUUUUGCAUAAUGAUUGGUUGUCUUUUUUACGUUUAUUCAAUGUUCGCCAGUUGUAUAUGAGUCAUUUCCUUAGAAUACUAGUGUUCAAGUACGUGUACUUAUCUCUACUUUAUAGACUAUAAAUCUCUUCCUUUUCUUGCUCUUGUUUAUUAACAAAAUUUCGAGACGAUUCGUGUUCAAGGCUACUCAAAUUAUUUAUGGUAUAAUAAGGAAAUUAUUUUGUUUACAGAUAAUUUUGAGGUCUGUUCAACGAAUGUGAUCACAGUCUUUAUUUUUAUCUACAAAUAAUAAUACCUACCAAACACUUUGGAGUUGAGAGCCUUGUUUUACUCUGUGACACUUCUUGAUUAAAUACGUACUAUAUAUAGAUGGUUAUUUUCCAUAUUAGGACCAAAUGUUAACCUUCACGAAAGCAGUUUAAUAUUGACAUAAAUCCUUUUUCAACACCCAAGAUGAUCAUCUACUUGUAGAUAAUUUUUACAUUACUUAUGUGUAUUUGAUGAAUAAAUUGUAAUAACUGUAAACAGGAAUUAAUAAUACGAAAAUUUUCUGGUCUUAAAACCCAAAAAUAUUUUUGACUGUUAUUAUUUGAAACUAUAAAUAAUAAUGUGGUAUUUUGUAUUGUUAAUGGUGUGACUGUAUAUUGAUGACAGGGUUUUGAUUUUUGCAAAUGUUGCCUUAGUGUAUUACAUUAAAUUUACAUUUUCAUAUUUAUUCUAUAUAGAUUUAUAUGACAUGCAUGAUUAAAAUAUUAAAACCAUG